AUGAUGGAGACAGCGGGAGAGGUUCAGUCAAAACAGAAUUACUUGCCGGAUAUAGAAGAUUACUCAUUAUUUAUUUUCUUCGACGCAGUUUUUCCUUUUGGCCUUUUGGCUAUAAAUUACUGCGAGCAGGCUGCCGGUCAUGUGGUGGCCCUUCCCCCAGCUGGAACCUAUCUGCUGUCGCCCCCUGGGCAGGUUCUCCUGCUGGUCCAGCCACCCCCAGAGGACGAUGGCUCCUACAAGCCGCCUUCGAGCCCCGAAGAUGGCCUGUGGAAGCCGCAGCCCGGUCUGGAGGGUGAGUACACGGAGCCGGAAAUAAGCCAGAGUGGAAGUGGAAGCGUCAGUGCCGAAGGCGCAGAAGGUGCGUCCCUGAGUUCGGAUGGCUCUGGGUCCGUUGACGCCCAACCGGCGCCGCCAGCACCAGCGGCUGCUGGAGGAGCUGGCGAAGCCGGUCAGGCGGGACAGGCAGGUGGAGUUCUCGGCGGAGCGGGAGGAGCAGGCGGAGCUGGUGGUGGUGGCAGUGCCGGCGGCGGAGGUGCCGGCGGAGGCGGUGGCGGCGGAGGAACAGCCACAUCCGGCCAGAGCGGCGACAAUGGCCAGCCGGGAGCACCGAGUCCGGCGGGACCUCAACCCGAUGGUGAGGAUGGCGCCGAUGGUGCCGAUGGGCAUGGUCCGGAUGGAUCCAAGGGCGGAAAGGGCGGCCAAGGUGGCAAGGGAGCACGUAAUGGAGCCGGAGGCGGUGGAGGAGCAGGAGGAGCUGCUCCCCAGCCUCCGCCGGCAGCGAUUCCUGUCCAGGCUGUGCUGGUACCCGCUCCCGUUUGGCCCCAACCGGAGUUGAAUGUGGUUCGCCUUAUUUAGACGUCCAAGGACCCUUGUGCCAUUUGCCGUAUCCCCUCUGAAUAUUCGAUUAAGUUAGUCUUAAAGCUAGUCAAUGUUUUUGGAGCUCACAUUUACCCUAAGCUAAGGCAAGCGAAUAUUAAAAUUCGAUUACAAAGUAA